GGGGUGGAGAGCUGUUGAUCAGAGAGACGAGACAGACAGUGGUGAACGCUGGGCUUGUUUUUGCCUUCACUGUCCCGGCUGGAAUUCCGGCUCAGCACAAUCCGUUGACGCUAAAAAGGUGAAGUGAUUGUGUAUGCGAGACUCGUAGCUUUCUGUAUGAGCCGCGACUACGUUGAUGAAUGCACUGUUGCUACUUUAACGGAGCUUCAGCUGAUUGCCGUUUCGGCUUGCUUGUACUGAUAAAUGGUUUCCCAAUGUUAUGCCUGAAUUUGGUGAAGGGCAACCAGUGUGAAGGAUGAGCUUCAAAGGGAACAAUACAGUUCUCUCUCGUCGAACCUACAGGCUCGCCUCAGACAAUGAUAAAUCCAGAUCUACCGGUCUCAUCAAUGAGAGGUUACUAAGUGAUUACCUUCAUCACAUUUUCACCAAUGGUGGGCAGCACCAGAAUUUGGCUUCUUUCAGGAAACCAUUGACGUUUCAAGGUUUAAAUGAUCACCUAGAAAGGCUGCUCGGUGAAGGAGAAACUGCAGAUGAAACUAAAGAGCUGACUGUAGAUGGCAGACUUGGGCCACCCACUGUUGUCCUGGACCACAACAGUGGGUUUGAGGGUUUACUGCUAGUUGAUGACGAUCUGCUUGGGGUCAUUGGACACAGUAAUUUCAGCUCAAUCAGAGCAACUACCUGUGUGUUUAAAGGAAAAUGGAUCUAUGAAGUUCUCAUCUCCUCUCAGGGUCUGAUGCAAAUUGGAUGGUGCACUUUGAACUGCAGGUUUAAUCAGGAGGAGGGAGUAGGAGACACGCCGGAUUCUUAUGCUUAUGAUGGAAACAGAGUACGAAAGUGGAAUGUUACCACUACCAACUAUGGCAAGUCCUGGGCAGCUGGAGACAUUGUGAGCUGUUUAAUAGACCUGGAUGAAGGCAAUAUUUCAUUUUACUUGAACGGCCAGUGUCUGGGCACAGCUUUCAGUAACAUCAAGAUGGGGCCUGGUGUGGCCUACUUUCCGGCAAUCAGUCUUUCAUUCAAGGAGUCUGUAGCAUUUAAUUUUGGUAGCCGCCCUCUUCGCUAUCCAGUACAGGAAUAUCACCCUAUGCAGGACCCACCUACUGUUGAUCUGAUGAAGGCACAAAAACUACUGGGAUACUUUAAAAAUGUGCUGUCCACCCAGAUUGACUCUCAGGAAGGAAGAAUAGUGGAGAAGGAUAUUGCCGUGUGGCAACUUCAGGGUGAGCCAACAGUGUUGGUGACACUGGCACACAUCUUUAACCAUUUUGCCCCUCUCAUGUGUAAAGUGUACUUAGUGGAGGAUGUCCUCAUGAAAUAUUUGCUCAGCAUUCUGGAAGGAGGUGGCUCUGUGGAAGAGCAUCCCCUCAUUCAGCAAAUUUUGGACAUGAUGUGGCUCUUGAUGGAGGAUUAUGAGGUGCAUGAAUGUUUGAAGCAACUUAUGAUGUCUCUGCUGAGGGCUUACAGAUUCUCUCCCAUAAUUCCUGACCUUGGGUUUCAGAUUCAUUUCUUGCGUUUGACAGCAGCAAUCCUCAAGCAUGAGAAAUCACGGAAAUACCUCUUGAGCCAUGUCCUAUUUGAUGUGCUUAGGUCUGUGGUGUUUUUCUACAUCAAAACCCCCUUGCGGGUGAAGGAGGCUGGUCUAGAGGAGCUCAUUCCAACCACCUGGUGGCCUAGCCGCUUUGACAAAGAGGGGAAAGUUGAACCUGAGACGAAGGAGGAGAGCGCAGAAGAGAGGAUGAGGCGUCGGGCAUAUGAGCGAGGUUGCCAACGCCUUAAGAAAAGAAUUGAAGUUGUGGAGGAGCUGCAAGUCCAGAUUCUGAAGCUUUUGCUGAACAACAAAGAUAAAGGCCAGGGUGAAGCAUCUAGGUACAUUUUCCUGAACAAAUUUCGCAAAUUUUUGCAAGAAAAUGCCAAUCACCGAGGGAACCUCACAGUGCUCUGCCCCCCAGAGUACAUGGUCUGCUUUCUGCAUCGCCUCAUUGCUGCAUUACGGAGCUAUUGGGAUGAAGGCAAGGGAAAAAUGUCCAGUGUUCUCACAAGUGAAGAUGCUUAUAUUCCACCUCAGCUGUUCUAUAAUGGGAAGGUGGACUACUUCGACCUCCAGAGGCUAGGAGGACUUCUCUCCCACUUGAGGAAAACUCUCAGAGAUGAUCUAGCUUCUAAAGCGAAUAUUAUUAUUGACCCAGCUGAAAUUCAAGCCAACUCGAUGGAUGACCUUGAUGAAGAUGAAGAUAUCAAUAAUGCCCAGAGGCCAUUUGGUGCAAUAGCAAUGGGCCCUGCAUUGGCAAGGCCUAGCUGGUUGAGCUCGCCAACUCUGGGCCGUGCAAACAGAUUCUUGAGCACCGCUGCAGUCAGUCUGAUGAAUCCAAGGCGCCCCCCAGCCCCACCAGAAAAAGUGAAAUUGCGUUCACUAAAUGUGGAGCAGAGAACAGAAGAAGACAUUGAAGGCAGUCAUGGUAAUGAUGGUCUUUUACUGGGUCGGCCCCCUGAAGAGCCAGAAAUGCUGUUGGCUGAAAAAUCUCUCCUUGAAAUCCUAGAUGGCAUCAUCAUGAUGUAUAACUUAAGUGUACACCAGCAGCUGGGAAAGAUGGUUGUGGUGUCUGAUGAUGUCCAUGAGUAUGCGAUAGCUUUAAAAGAUACUGAAGAGAAGAUUUCUCGCUGCCCUGAGAGAAGGCAGGACAUCAUGCAGGAGCUAGUGAAGAGUCAAAAGGUGUUUGCUGAAAAGCUUAAUCACUUGAGUCGCAGAUUGGCCUGGAUAAAUGCCACCAUCUACUCCAAGGAAAAAAUGCUGGACGUCUAUUGGCUGCUGCGCGUGUGUAUUCGCACCAUUGAACACGCAGACAACACUGGUUCCUUGUUUGCUUUCAUGCCCGAGUUCUACUUAAAUGUUGCCAUGAACAGCUAUAGUGCCCUGAAGAAUUAUUUUAGCCCAUCAAAUUGCAUGGAGGAGCUGCCAGACUAUGAGCAAACUUUGACUCGGCUUGCUUCGAUAUUAGCAAAGCACUUUGCUGACUCUCGCAUUAUAGGUACAGAUAUCAAGGACUCUUUGAUGCAGGCUCUAGCAAGUUAUGUUUGUUACCCUCAAUCACUACAUGCAGUUGAGUGCAUUCCAGAAGAACAGCGAAUGGCCAUGAUGAAAAAUCUGCUGGCACCGUAUGAGCAGAGACCCUGGGCACAAACUAACUGGAUCUUGGUCCGUCUGUGGAGGGGUUGUGGCUUUGGCUAUAGAUACACUCGUCUCCCACACUUGUUGAAGACAAAACCUGAGGAUGCUAACUUACCCAGCCUGCAGAAGCCAUGCCCUUCCCUCCUCCUGCAGAGACAUAUGGCUGAGCUCCUGAACAAAGACAAGGAGAUGGCUGCCAGUUUCCUAAACAGUGUCCUCAACCAGCUCAACUGGGCCUUCUCAGAGUUCAUUGGAAUGAUUCAGGAGAUCCAACAAGCAGCUGAGAGGCCUGAACGCAACUUUGUGGACACUCGGCAGCUAAAAGUGUGCGCCACCUGCUUUGACCUCUCCGUCAGCCUGCUGCGCGUCCUAGAAAUGACAGUUACCCUUGUGCCAGAGAUAUUUAUGGACUGGAGCCGGCCAUCUGCGGAGCUCCUGCUGCGGCGUCUCGCACAGUUGCUGAAUCAGGUCUUGAAUCGAGUAACUGCAGAGAGAAACCUUUUUGACCGAGUUGUCAACUUACGCCUGCCUGGGCUGGAGAGUGUGGAUCAUUACCCUAUACUGGUUGCGGUAACAGGAAUACUUGUCCGCAUCUUGGUGGACUGUGACAGCCACGGACUGGCUAAGUCUGCCGCCGUUCUGCUUUCAGAUCCUUGCUUUCAGCUGCACUCUAUUCAGCACCUUCUGGGUGGAUCUGAGCCUUCGUCUGAUGGAGUUUCCCAGCUGCCAACAGAGCACAAGCACUUUUCCCUGCAUGCAUACACAGACUACAUCAGCCCUGAGGAACAGCAAAAAGUCGAGAAGAUGUUGAGUUUCUUGACGGAGGAAUCAAAGCAGGCAGCUGCAAGCACUGCUCCCACCAGUGAAGAAGAUUUGUGUCCCAUCUGCUAUGCACAUCCAAUCUCUGCCAUUUUCAGGCCUUGUUCUCACAAGUCGUGCAAGGCUUGUAUCAAUCAGCACCUGAUGAACAACAAGGACUGCUUCUUUUGCAAGGCCACCAUCACUGGUGUUGACGAUUACAGUAAGCCAGCUGUGCCAUAGCAAAGCCCCCCAAACACAGCUGCGGAGGUCGAGUUCUGACUCUUAAUGCUGCUUUUGGGAAAUGCGUAUCAUGUAAAUACCUGACUGUGAGCUGACGAGGCCCGUGAUGGCCUCAUAAACCCCACUGAAUCGAUCUUUAAAUGGGGCCGUGGUCACCAUCUGCGCUGCUAAGGCCCCUGUCUAUACCACCUUCCAGCCGCUUUAGCUUUAGUGACCUUCUCCAGGAACCGGUGCUUCUAUGAUGGCCUCCUUUCAAGCGCCUUUUGAUCCUUUUUGUCAUCCCCUGCCACAGGGACGAUGUUCAGUUGUCACUUCUCCUUUCAUUUUAUUUGGUCUCACCAGCACUUUUUCUCUCUUCAUUGGCAUUGCUGGACUCUCGGGGCGUCUUGUUUUUACUCUGCUUCCCCGUCUACGUGAUGGUGAAAUGUCGCCGACCCAUAAGCAAGCCGUUUCUGAGAAUCAGGCAUGGGUUUUUUUUUUUUUUUUGCUGUGGAGUCUCCAGCUUUCAUUUUUUGUUUUUUUUUAUUUCUGGCUGCUCCUUCAUUGUCAAAUGUCACCGGUGUCGGGUCACAUCUCCUUCAAAGUGUGGCCGGAGAGAGAGAGAGUGCACUCCAUUCACAGAGGUGGCUUUUUGUUUUCAACGUUUCCGAGCCGCCACCAGCUUUCAUGGAAGAUGUGAAGAGAAAAAGCAAGCCGAGGUGAGGAAGGCUUCCUAUCAGUCUCCCUCACUUCCUUCUAGGAAGAGUGCCCUGCACGCCACCCCAUCGCCAGGUACUUUGGAGAGGACCGCUCUCGUCUUUUUGUUUUAUUUGUGGACGCUUUGACCUGAACUCCAUUAAAUUAUUUAUCCCAGCCCAAGCCUUUCCCCUGACUGGUGCAUUGAA